CUCCUGAGACCUCCAGGAAGGGGCGGGGCUUAUAGUAGGUUUCUUAAUACGUAGCGGCUGGGUGGGCCAUAGGCAGACGGAAGUGCUCUGUGUUGUUGCCGGAAGUAGCGAAAGAGAGAUUGUGAUGGCGGCUGCGAUUUUAGCCGAGAAGGUGCCGGUGGACAGCGCGGAGGAGGGGGGGCAGCCCCUGGCGGAGGCCGCGGAACUGGCCGCCCAGAAGCGUGAACAGAGGCUGCGCAAAUUCCGGGAGCUGCACCUGAAGCGGAAUGAAGCUCGUAAAUUAAAUCACCAGGAAGUUGUUGAAGAAGAUAAAAGACUUAAGUUACCUGCUAACUGGGAAGCCAGAAAAGCUCGUCUGGAAUGGGAACUGCAGGAAGAAGAAAAGAAAAAGGAAUGUGCAGCGAGAGGGGAGGACUAUGAGAAAGUGAAGUUGCUGGAGAUCAGUGCAGAAGACGCAGAAAGAUGGGAGAGGAAGAAGAGGAGGAAAAACCCUGACCUGGGAUUCUCAGAUUAUGCUGCUGCUCAGUUACGCCAGUAUCAUCGGCUGACCAAGCAGAUCAAACCCGACAUGGAAACUUAUGAGAGACUGAGAGAAAAACAUGGAGAAGAGUUUUUCCCAACAUCCAACAGUCUUCUUCAUGGAACACAUGUGCCUUCCACAGAAGAGGUUGAUAGGAUGGUCAUGGAUCUGGAAAAACAAAUUGAAAAACGAGACAAGUAUAGCCGGAGACGUCCUUAUAAUGAUGAUGCAGACAUCGACUACAUUAAUGAAAGGAAUGCCAAAUUCAACAAGAAGGCAGAAAGAUUCUAUGGGAAGUACACAGCUGAAAUUAAACAGAAUUUGGAGAGAGGAACAGCGGUCUAAUCCCUUCAGGAACUGUUUUUAGAAGCUUGGGAAUGCUGGCAAAUUGAGGUUCUCUUCAACCAGCACUCCGUCUACUUUGCCUUUCCACUCAACAUUUAGAAAUAAAUGCUUUUUCUUAAACGUAUACUUCCAUGUAUAUUCCUACAUUUCUGUGCUUGGAUAUAAGAUGUAUUUUAAGAGGUAGUGUACUUGUUUUGUAAAAAAUCUACUUUGUAUAAAUACUAAUUAUUUUUCUAUGUAUUUUAAA